CUUAAAUGGCGUACCCUGUGUAAAUCUUUUCCUCGCCGCCCCUCUUCCCUCUCCGUGACGCCUUCUCGCCGAGACUCUUCCCUCUGCUCGACGACGUCCUCGCCGCGACUCUACUCUUCCCUCUCCUCGACGCCGUCCCCUGUGCGCGACGCUUUGUGAGCACCGCCGCCGGGCGCCGUUCCUCUCCCGUGACAAGGAGUCUAAACACCCAAAAAAAAAACAGAGAGGGAAAAGAGGAUAAAGAGGAUGUUGUAUAUUAUUGGAUUAGGCCUGGGUGAUGAGAGGGACAUCACCCUCAGAGGUCUUGAGGCUGUCCGCAGCUGUGACAAGGUCUAUGUUGAAGCCUAUACCUCCCUCCUCUCCUUUGGUCUUGCUUCUGAUGGUCUCUCCAGAAUGGAGAAACUGUAUGGGAAGGACAUUGUAGUUGCUGAUCGAGAGAUGGUUGAAGAGCAUGCAGAUGCUAUUCUCCGUGAAGCUACUGAUUCCAAUGUUGCUUUCUUGGUCGUUGGAGAUCCUUUUGGUGCAACCACCCAUACAGACCUGGUUGUUCGGGCCAAAAAAAUAGGGCUGGAAGUCAGAGUCAUACACAAUGCUUCAGUUAUGAAUGCCAUAGGAAUUUGUGGUUUGCAACUUUACCGCUAUGGUGAGACGGUGUCAAUACCUUUCUUUACUGAUACAUGGAGACCCGAUAGUUUCUACCCGAAGAUCCAUAGAAACCGGCAACUUGGCUUGCACACUCUCUGCUUGUUAGAUAUACGGGUGAAGGAACCAUCUUUGGAGUCAUUGUGCAGAGGAAAGAAGUGUUAUGAACCACCAAGAUAUAUGCAAAUCCACACUGCUAUUAAUCAAUUAUUGGAGAUUGAAGAAUCAAAUGGAAAAUCUGCUUAUGAUGCAGAAACAAAGUGUGUAGGAAUUGCUCGCCUCGGCUAUGAGGAUCAGAAGAUAGUUGCUGGAUCAAUGAAAGAUUUACUUGAUGUAGAUUUUGGUCUGCCUCUUCAUUGCCUUGUAAUAGUAGGCGAGACACACCCUGUGGAAGAGGAGAUGUUAGACUUUUAUUCAAUCAAGUCAAUAAAUGGAUAAAGAUCAAUUCCUGUAUGGUGAUACAUCUAUCUACAUGCAGGACAGAGAGCAUGGUGAUGGAGCGAUGCUUAGUUUUCAUGCUUGGCGAUUGGGGAAAACAUAAAUUUUAUAAACAUCUGCUCCACUGUUCCAACUGUUUUCUUAACGUCAUCUGGAAUUUAUAUGUCAUCUAAUUGAGCAUUGACAUCGAGAUGCUGUUUGUUAACUAAUUGACAUGUUUUCUUUAAAGAUGUUUCAUUGACAUUUUCAUGA